GAACGCAACGAGUUCAACAUGGCGGCCCAGCGGAGGAAUUUGAUGCAAAGCCAUCAGAGCUGGACAGACGACCUGCCGCUGUGUGAGAUGUGUGGCGUCGGGACCGCAACAAACUGUGUGUACGGCUCGGACGGGAAAGGAAGUCAGAUCCAUCCCAACGAGGACGGACACCUGCGCUUCAGAGGCGAGGACGGCUGCUUCCUGUACGGAGUUUUUAACGGUUACGACGGCAGCAGAGUCGCCAGCUUCGCCUCUCAGUGUCUGACGGCUGAGCUGCUGCUGGGUCAGCUCAACUCCUCGCACUCAGACAGCGACGUGAGACGGAUCCUCACUCAGGCCUUCGACGUGGUGGAGAAAAGUUACUUUGAGACGAUCGACGACGCUCUGGCCGAGAAAGCUAACCUGUCCAACUACCUGCUGCCACACAACGAGAACUUGUCGUUCCACCAGCUCUCCUCUCAGGGUCAGAAGGUUCAGGAGCGUCUGAAGGAGUUGGAGCUGGAGGUUUCAGGAGGAGCAACAGCUGUGGUGGCUCUGAUCCUCAACGACAAGCUGUACAUCGCCAGUGUUGGAACCAACCGGGCUCUUCUGUGUAAGUCGAGCAGCGACGGGCAGAACCAGGUUCUUCAGAUCGGACGCCCGCACAACACGGAGAACGAGGAGGAGCUGCAGAGACUCGCUGCUCUGGGUGUGGAUCCGGCCCGUGUGAGGCAGGCAGGGCUGAUCUCAGGUCAGAGCAGCACCCGCAGACUUGGAGAUUAUCGAGUUAAAUUCAACUACAACGAUAUCGACCUGCUAAGUGUGGCGAAGGGUAAGCCGGUGAUCUCGGAGCCGGAGAUCCACGGCGUUCAGAGUCUGGAGAACGUGACGGGCUUCCUGCUGCUGAUGUCUGAAGGACUCAUCAACGCUCUGGAGUCUGCACACGGCCCUGAACAGGCCAACCAGGAGAUCGUGGCGAUGGUGGCGGCAGAGCUGGCGUUGCAGAACAGUUUGGAGGCGGUGGCUCAGUCCGUCGUGGAGCGAAUCAAACGUCUCCAUCACGACGUCUACGUGUCCGGACGACAGAGAGCGACUUUCUGCAGCCGACACGAAGACAUGACGCUGCUGAUCCGAACGCUCGACUACCCGCUGGCCGAGGGAGGAACCCCCACUAAUCCGAGUGGGCGUAUCUACCCGGUGUCCGUGCCGUACUCCAACAGUCUGAGCACCAGUAAGACCAGCGUCAUGCUCUCACUCGUCAUGCCAUCCCAGAAUACUCUCACCAACGGCACCAACACCGCCUCCACGCUGGAGGAGGGCACCCCCACCCCAGGCAGUCAGAGUCCCACAGCCACCCUCCAGUCCACCAACACUCAGACCCAGAGCUCCAGCUCCAGCUCGGGGGACGGCAGCCUCUUCCGGCAGAGAGGCAGUCAGGCGGCUCAGCCCGAUGAGACGGGGAGGGUCCCUCCGUACAUCGACUUCACCCAGUUCUACCGGCUGUGGGGGAGCGACCACAGCGAGGGGGGGGGACUGGGACCCCAGUGAGGAAGAGGAGGAAGAAGAGGGGACUGUUCUCUGGGACACAGAUUGAAAAAAAAGACUAAUAUUUUAAAGCGGGGGUUGGGAUGAACGAUGAAUAUGCUUUUAAUGUUAAUGUUUUUCUAAUGUACGGAGGAACUCUCCCCGUCUCACAAAUAAGUGUCCUGAGGAAGAAGGGGAUGAAGAGUAAGAGGUGGAAGAAGAGGGGAGAUACAAAGAGACAGACUUCAGAGUUGGGAUGAGCGACGAAACGCUUUUAAUGUUUAAAAUAACUGUCCUAACGGGAAGGAGAUGCAACAUUUCUCAUUCUCACUUCAGAUUUUGUAUUCAUCACACUUAAUAGAGAGGUGCACGAUGUGGUAUUUCUUCGUCGUCCCGUUUUUUAAGACAUUAUUUGAGGCUUCUAACCAAAAACACAUCCAGAAGCCCAUUGACUUUGUGAUAAGCGAACCAAAAUUGCUAAAAAAACGGACUAAUUCCGAUGUUUUAGGACUCAUUCCUGCACCUCUCUAUCAGUCACCAACAUGCGUGGAAGAAACUCAAAGCAAUUUAAGCCAUUUCCCCCUUUUUUUUUUUAAUACCUUUUUAAAAGAUGUACCGUUGAAUAAUAUGUAAAAUAUCUCGGUUCGUCGAGCGUUGAUUAGUUUCACCGUGAGGAGGACUCGGAGGAAACCAGAAACAAAGAGACAGACUGUGUUCUCGGGGACACGGAUUGAAUAAAAGACUUUAAAGCGGGGGUUGGGAUGAGCGAUGAAACGCUUUUAAUGUGUACAAAAUAACUGUCCUAACGGGAAGGAGAUGCAACGGAACAUUUCUCAUUCUCACUUCAGAUUUUGUAUUCAUCACACUUAAUAGAGAGGUGCAGGAUGUGGUAUUUCUUCGUCGUCCCGUUUUUUAAGAUAUUAUUUGAGGCUUCUAACCAAAAACACAUCCAGAAACCCAUUGACUUUGUGAUAAGCAAACCAAAAUUGCUAAAAAAACGGACUAAUUCCGAUGUUUUAGGACUCAUUCCUGCACCUCUCUAUCAAGAAACUCAAAGCAAUUCAAGCCAUUUCCCCCUUUUUUUUUAUAUACCAUUUUAAAACAUGUUACGUUGAAUAUUGCGUGUGCGUGGAGCGUUAAUUGGUUUUACCGUGAGGAGGACUCGGAGGAAACAAGAUGCAAAGAAACGGCUUCCUGGCACGUGGAUUGUAAAGGACUAAAGUGCACGAGGACACAUCGAACCAGUGGGCCAAUAACCACCAUGAGACUGGGAGGAACUGGUGAAUAAAUAUGUGUCAGUUUUAGAUGCCGGUUAUUAGUGAUCGUGAAAACUCCAGAUUGUAAACAUGAACAUGUAUCUGCAAAAAGUAAUCCGAUGACACAAUGUACUGUAAGGCCUUAUAAGGACUCUAUGGAUGUGUUUCAAAAGUACUUUUUUAUUUGUAAUGAAAGUUUAUCCCAAAAAGAUCAAUAGCCUCGUUGUUACUGAGAACUUGUGAAAAAUGCCAGUUUUAUGUCUUGAUUUUCACCAAAUUGUUACAUUUAUGUUUUAAUAAUAGUUUAGAGAAGUGUCUCUUUCAUUGCACCGCAUUAAAGAAGAGUCAUGCCUGGAG